GCCAUCUGACCCCGAUUUCUCCCAGUCGACCUCUCCUACCACCACUCGACCCGUCGAUAGUCAACCCAUCGUUCUGAGGAGCUAUUGCCAUUCUCACAGAACAGUGCAGCGUCGCCACCACCACCACCACCACCACCACCGACUCUCCACUUGACCCGACCGAAGCAUCAAUCAGCCAUGGUUGCCGACGCUGUAAUAUACCACCCCUCUGUGGCUCAUUUCAACCGCUUUGUAGCCACUACAGUUGGUCGCGACAAGGUCCUCCGAACAGUGCAAUACUUCUCCCGCUUCUUAGCCUGGUACCUCUACCGAACCAACCACCCGCAGACCACGGUCGCCAUCUUCGAAGCCAUCAAGAAGAACUUCGGAAGUGCGAGAAAGGCAUUCAGGCUCGGCAAAUUCGUCGAGCACUUUAAGGCCGCAGCCGUCGCAGCUGAGUCCAAGUCGAUGGAUCCAGUGCUCAAGUACUUGGCCGUUGGACGCCAGCUCGGAUAUGCUUCCUAUCUCUCUCUCGACGCUUUGACCUACUUUGACCAGACUGGCAUCUACAAGCUGUCUAACGGCGCGAGGUUGCAAAAAGAAGCUUAUCGCGCGUGGUUCGCAGGUCUGGCCUGCAACAUUGUUGCCGGACUGUAUACACUUUACAACCUCCAAGCUAUCGCUCAGAAGCGCAAGCAUAGCGCAGAUGCGGAAAAGAAGGUGGAGGAGAAGACCCUCGAGAGGGAAAAGGCAGCAACACAGCUACAGCUCAUCUCAGACGUCGCUGACAUUACAGUUCCAGGCAGUGCCAUCGGCGUCUUCAACCUCGACGAUGGCAUUGUUGGUCUUGCCGGUACACUCAGCUCUCUCAUUGGUCUUUCUGCUGCAUGGCAGAAGACAGCAUAACCGUAUUCACAUCAAUCAACCAAGCUAUACUUUGAAUCAGUAUUCACCCGGGUGUUGUACAGAUUGUCGUAUCUUUUCCUUGCGAAACUGUGGUAGAAGACAACAUGGUGCGCGGCUGAGUGGGGAGCAGCGGCGCAUGUUCGCCUAUCAGAAGCAUGGGCAGGCAGGCAAAUUCGAAUCUCCAUACAU